AUGGCGACGCAGAAAGUUAAAAAUCUGUUAGUGCCUCCCUAUAUAGAUAAAAAUGAUUCACAGAACGUAACAGAUUUACAAUGGACUACUGCGCUUAAUAUUUGGAUAUCAAGUCUUUCAUUAAUUUUAAAGUCAAAGAAUGAAGAGUUUUCAAAUUAUUUAUUUUAUAAUGAAUCACUUCGAAAAUUUUUAGAAACAUUCUUAGGAAUUCGAGCAAAAAUUCGUAAAUUUGAUGAUAUUCAAAUUAGACAACCAAUAGAAAUUGAUUUAGAUAAAAAAGUAUUGGCAAUAUUAUUACGACUUUCUGAACCAUCGAUUUCUUCAAUUAAAGUGAAAAAUGAAAUUACAUUGGGGGAGGCUUUAUAUCAGGAUAAGAUGAUAUCGGUACCAUUUCUACUUGAUGUAGUAGCGAUGUACGGUAGAUCAAAUAUUAAUCAGAUAGAAAAAUUCUUUGAUAAUAUAAUUAAAUCUGUAACAAUAAUAAUUCAAGAUUUCGAAACACAUUCCAGUACGAUUGUUAAUUAUAUAAAAGUCAUAGAUGAAAAAUUUCAGGAAAUAGUAGAUAAUGAAAAAACGAGUAAAAGUGUUAUUUAUGAUAAAAAAAAGAUUGAAAAUGCACUUAAUUAUUUAGAAUACAUGUUGGAUAUCUCAGUCACAUUGGAUUGUCUGUUCAUAGUUUCAAAACCCGUGGCCAACAUAUUCAACGAUAGGCAAGAUUUUGAGGAUAAUAUUGAUUUCUUAAUGACUAUAAAGAAUUUCUAUGAUAAUACUAUACCAAUAAUUUCGAAAUUAUUUGAAUCUGAUGAUGAAUCCUUGAAUAUUUCUAGAGAUUUAAUUAUUUUGAAACAUGCGUUAGUGUCACUUGCAUACCAUACUUUGAAUGCAUGUUAUUUUAGUCCAAUAGGAUUCACAGUCAAUGAAGGUGAUAUAUUUUCAUUUGUCAAAUCGGAUGACAAAUUAGAAGACGUAGAGGAAAUAAAUUUAAAGAUUGAAACUAUGGGUGAUAUACUUCUCUCGUUCAUUGAAUCUUCGCAAUUGGACAAGCCGGUUGAAUCUUUUGUAGAUGCACCAUUACUUUUAGACGUGGAGAUUGAAUUUGAUUUGAGUGGAAAAUUAACAAGAAUAAAAAAUGAAAGCGAUAAAUUACCUUGGCAAAUUCGAUUAGAAGAGAAACAGAGAAGACAUUUAGCGAGUUUGGCUAAUAAUAUUAAUUAUAAUCCUUUAAUAACUCAGCAGUCUGAUAAAAUUGAUACGAUCGAGAACAGUGAUGUGCAACGUAUAUCCCUUAUCUCACAGGUCCAGGACCUUUUCCCUGAUCUAGGUGAAGGAUUCAUAGAAGAAUGUUUGAUAACUUUUGAUAACAAUGUUGAGAUAAUUAUUAAUCGGUUAUUGGAAGAUUCUUUACCUGAUCAUUUAAAAGAAUUGGAUCGUUCAAUGGCUCGUCUUGCUGUAUCAGUUACCAAUGAUAGCGUGAACGGUCCAAAAGUAGAAGAAAGCCUUUUAGCUCAACGUCAAAAUAUUUUUGACAAUGAUGAAUUUGACGUAUUUUCUGGUAAAAACAUUGACUUUACACGUGUCAAUAAAGGAAAGAAGAAUGGUCUGAAAAUGAGAGGCAUCAAUCUUCGUAUGAUCGAUGAAAUUGAUGAAGAUACAGAAGCUAGUAAUACAGCGAAAGGAAAGGUCAAUCCUGGUAUUGCAUAUGAAAGUGAACUUAUUAAGGCAUUCCAAUCAGAUCAAUCCAUUUUUGAGAGAACUAAUGCAGUAAGGAAAUCAGAUAAACGAGCUAGACUGAGGAAUAUCACACAAAUGACUGAUGAACAACUCGAAGGAUGGUACAUCAUGUUUCAAAGAAACCCAAGGAAAGAUAAAAUUCUUGAGAAAUAUGAAUUUAAAGGCAAUCGUGAAGAAGCAUCAUCUUCUGCAUCAGAAAAAGAAACUAGUUCAUCGGGAGAUUCAUUGUCGCGUCCUGGACGAGGAGGGCAUACAGCUACGGGAACAACAGCACCUACGGCACGCGGUCGAGGCAGAGGAAAACACCAAAAAAAGCAUAAUAGAAAGAAUGCUCAUUCAAGGAAAAUGGGAAGAGGGUUUGGGACUAUUCAAGAUUAA